UAUUAUAGACGGUUCUCCCGGACUGGUAUCAAAUGCUACAUCCGUCGACGCCGGAAGCGCAGAGCUACAAACACAGAGGCUGUGUAUUUUUCCACCACCGUGUGUUCUUGUCAAAUUUACAAAACGUCUUACGCAAUGAGAGGAGAUCGUGGCAGGGGCCGAGGUGGCCGCUUUGGCUCCCGCGGAGGAUUGAUCCAGGGGUAUCGACCCUUUGUCCCUCACAUACCUUUUGACUUCUACGUUUGUGAGAUGGCCUUUCCUCGUGUGAAGCCAGCCCCUGAUGAGACCACUUUCAGUGAAUGUCUGCUGAAGAGAAACCAAGACCUCUCUCCUACCCCUGUUGAACAGGCUUCCAUUUUGUCCUUGGUCACUAAGAUUAACAACGUCAUUGACAACCUAAUUGUGGCACCUGGAAGCUUUGAAGUGCAAAUUGAGGAGGUAAGGCAAGUUGGCUCAUAUAAAAAGGGCACCAUGACAAAUGGACACAAUGUAGCCGACCUCGUGGUUAUCCUGAAGAUCUUACCCACAUUGGAAGCUGUCGCUGCCUUGGGAAACAAAGUAGUUGAGACCCUUCGCACACAGGACCCUUCUGAGGUACUGUCCAUGCUGACCAACGAGACGGGGUUUGAGAUCAGCUCUGCUGAUGCCACUGUGAAAAUCCUCAUCACCACGGUUCCACCCAACCUGCGCAAACUGGACCCAGAGCUCCACCUGGACAUCAAGGUUCUGCAGAGUGCUCUGGCAGCCAUUCGUCACGCUCGCUGGUUUGAGGAGAACGCUUCUCAAUCAACUGUGAAAGUUUUGAUCCGCUUGCUGAAGGACCUCCGAGUCCGUUUUCCUGGAUUUGAGCCUCUCACUCCCUGGAUCCUAGAUCUGCUGGGACACUCUGCUGUGAUGAACAACCCGUCCAGGCAGCCCUUGCCACUCAACGUUGCUUACAGGCGCUGUCUUCAGAUGCUCGCCGCAGGUCUUUUCCUGCCAGGCUCUGUAGGAAUCACUGAUCCGUGUGAAAGCGGAAACUUCCGUGUGCACACUGUCAUGACCCUGGAGCAGCAGGACAUGGUGUGUUUCACAGCCCAAACACUGGUGAGGGUUCUCUCUCAUGGAGGAUACAGAAAAAUCUUGGGCCUUGAAGGAGAUGCUAGUUACCUCACCACUGAGAUGUCUACAUGGGAUGGAGUGAUUGUCACCCCAUCUGAAAAAGCUUAUGAGAAACCCCCAGAGCGCAAGGAAGAGGAGGAUGAAGCAUUGGAGGAAGGUGGAGAGGGAGAUGAUGAAAGCAUGGAGACCCAGGAGUAAUGCAAUGGUCUCUAACAAAGUUUUGGCUUGGUCAUUUGUAUUUAUGUUGGUUUUUAGUAGAGAUUUGUGUCUCAUAAGUUUUACCCAGAAGAUCUCUGCAUAUCUACAUGUGAUUUCUGUACAUCGGUCUGCACCCCCUAGAGUUAAAGCCAUGGUAGUACACAGCCAAGAGCUCUAACAAGGACCAAAAGGCAGUGGUUCAUUAUUCUGUCUUCUCACCUCAGAUCAUUCUGAUACGGUUACGUCUAAGAAAAGAACUGAAAAUCACUUAAUUUGGUUUCAUGUGUAAUUUUUUUGUUUUGUUUUUUUUAUCACUGGUUGAUCAAGUAAAGUUUUUAUUGCCUCCUCUGUA